CAGACCCCCAUCUCCGAGUGCUCCAGACGUUCUCAUUGGCCAGACCUUUCUACAAAUCCAACUCAGCAACUUCACUCAGAACAGACUAACAAAUUAUAACCGUAUGUAUUUUACCAACAUAAACGCGUUUGCACUCUACCAUACAUUGGUGCAAGUGUUAAAGAUGAAAGUUUUGUCGGUCUUUUUAUUCUAAUAUAUCCAAAGCGACAGUUACUUUUGAUUGGUUAUCUUAUAGGAUUUCGAAAUUAUAGAGAGAGAUAUUUGAUUCAAGGAAAGGAUUGGACAAAGAACUAUCUUCUCCGGCCACAAUCCUGACGAUUACUGGUGCGGACAAAACCAAGAGGCAGAGUGAAAAGCUUAGGCAUCCAGCGGCAAAAUCGAGACAGUGAGAAAAAGAACCGAUAAACAACCAAGGACAUCUACGGGCCUUACCCAAUUUUCAACAUUUUCUCCAACUUUACCCCCCAGUCCAACAUUAGCAUGAUGUCGUAUCUGAAGCAACCACCUUACACAGUCAACGGACUGAGCUUAACGACCUCCGGAAUGGACCUUCUGCAUCCAUCCGUAGGCUAUCCAGCGACACCCCGUAAGCAGAGACGAGAAAGGACAACUUUCACACGCGCCCAACUUGACAUUUUGGAGGCACUGUUCGGCAAAACUCGCUAUCCUGAUAUAUUCAUGCGCGAGGAAGUAGCACUAAAAAUCAACCUACCAGAGUCUCGUGUACAGGUUUGGUUUAAGAACCGAAGGGCAAAGUGUCGCCAGCAGCAACAGCAGCAGCAGAACGGGGGCCAGAACAAGGUGCGACCAGCCAAAAAGAAGAGUUCUCCAGCCAGGGAAGCGAGCUCUGAAAGCGGGGCGAGUGGCCAGUUCACACCGCCCUCAAGUACUUCAGUCCCGACCAUCUCAACUAGCACCGCACCGGUAUCUAUCUGGAGUCCAGCCUCUAUCUCUCCGAUGGCUGACCCUCUCUCUACCUCCUCUUCCUGCAUGCAAAGAUCAUACCCAAUGACCUACACACAGGCCUCGGGAUACAGCCAAGGCUAUGGCGGAUCAACGUCAUACUUCGGCGGAAUGGACUGUGGUUCUUACCUUACUCCCAUGCAUCACCAGCUGUCUGGCCCCGGGACGACACUCAGUCCUAUGAGCACCAACGCUGUCACAAGCCAUCUGAGCCAGUCCCCUGCGUCCCUCUCCACUCAGAGCUACGGAGCCUCGGGGCUAGGCUUCAACUCCACCGCGGACUGCUUGGAUUAUAAGGACCAAGCGGCAUCCUGGAAACUGAACUUCAACGCAGAUUGCUUGGAUUAUAAAGAUCAGACUUCAUCUUGGAAAUUCCAAGUCCUGUGAAAAAACAAUGUGUAAACUAUUCAAACAAAGACAAUGAUAAAUCAAACAUAUAGCUCUGACAUCCUUCAAUAAGAUAUAUGCUUAAAAUACUGAAUAUUCGUGUCGUCGGUAAGGAACUGCGAGAGAGAGGGGUCUAUCGGUGGCGCCUCGCGUUGUUGGCAUGAUGUUUGGCCCCAGCCUGUAGAGGAGAAUUUAGAAUUUAUUUUAGCGUUGGCUAAGAGACUUUAUUUUCAUUAACCUCACAGGUUGUAGCCCUCUCACAUGUAUGUCUGUCAGUGUGUGCCUCUAUGCUUACAACACCUGUUGGUUAAUUUAAGGAAAACUCGGAGGUGACCCUUAGUAAUUUAUGGUACAUCACAGCCAGGGAACAAAUCCUUAUCCCAGAACAACAUUGCUAGAGGAGCGGAUCUUUUGGUUAAGAGCUUUGGAUGGACAGGCUUCGUUUAAGCCUUACAACUAGCCGACCUAUUGGUAGAGAGACUGAUCAGGAUGGUGUGUGGACUGCGCGCACCCGAGGCGACAUGGAUGCACUACUUUAUUUAAGAAAAAGUGUUUAUAAGGAAUCAAUAUGUAGUUUCUAAGAGACAAUCAGUGUGCGUCUUAUAUAAAUGGUACAUAUGUGUUUUUUUAAAUCUGUGCUAGCCUUCGAAACUGUGAUCUGUUGUAUUGUAUGCAAUUUGUGAGCUCCCUCGCAUCAGCGAUGACUCUCUGCUGUGAUUUUAAUAGAUUUGUAACUUUUUGAUCAAAAAAAAAAAAAAUGGAUAAUGAGAAAAUAAUUAUUAUUGCAAGAGACAACCUGACUGUCCAAACCCAUAGUAGAACAUCUGAGGUGAUACUGAAAAGAAACUUGAUUGCUGAGAGCUCUCUAGAUUUGCGCGUUGUUCUCCGUUGAUCACACACGCUGAUUGUGGAUACCUAUAACAUGGCUCCAAAGAUGGUGUGACCCCACCGCUGAACAGACAUGAAUAAAGGUCCUGUGAUCUGACCCCCCUCCCCCCAUUUAUCAAUUCACUUAAUAUGGAUUCACUAUUGACUGUGUGUGAGUGUGUGUGUGUGUUGAUUAUCAUAUUUAUGUAUUUUACAAGGUGAUCCUUGGACCAAUAUGGAUUAAACGUUGUGUAAGUAG